GCAGCGGCGAGCGCGACCUGAGCUCAGCGAGCGCGACCUGAGCUCCAGCGCUUGGACCCACGUCCUUCAGGAGGAGCAAGAAAAGCCAACAUCAGGAUGUCCAACUCCUCCAACGCCAGCGCCGGCGGGGCGGCGCAGUGCAUCGUCAACGACCACAUGGGGGCCUUCAUCGUCCUCUACAUCCUCAUCCUCAUUGUGGGGCUGCCCGGAAACCUGCUGUCGUCGUGGGCCUUCAUCCGCUGCUGCAAGGACAGAGACAAGCGGAGCGCCAGAGUUUACCUGCUCAACCUGCAGGUGGCCAACCUCCUGUUCCUGGCCGCUCUUCCCUUUAAAGUCCUGAACGACCUUGGAGCGGCGCCGUGGAGCCUCAAGGUGUUCCACUGCCAGUGCAGCGCCGUCACCACCUACAUCAGCCUGUACGCCUCCGUCGCCUUCCUGGCCUUCAUCAUCGUGGACCGCUACCUGCAGGACCGGGACAUGGCCCGCUCUCUGAGGCUGCAGGAGCCCAGCUUCGCCUGGCUGCUGUGUGGGGUCGUCUGGCUGCUGCUGCUGCUCAUCAUGGUGCCGAACAUGGUUCUGCCCACGAAGACGGUCCAGGUGCAGACGUACCUGAGCUGCAUCUCCCUGAAGGAGGAGUUCGGCCUCCGCUGGCACACGCUCUCCGUCUUCCUCAACACGGCGCUCUUCCUGAACGCCUCCGCCGCCGUGCUGGUUUCCAGCGGCCUGGCCGUCAAGCACCUCUUGCGGCGCCGCAGCGACCCCGCCCGGCGGGCAGUAGUGAGCAUGGCGGUGCUGGCGCUGGCCUACGUCCUCAGCUUCGUUCCCUACCACGCGGUGAGGACGCCGUACACGCUGGCCCAGACCCGCGUCAUCACGGACUGCAGAACCAAAAGGCAGCUGUUCCUGGGGAAGGAGGCCACGCUGGUGCUGAGCAUGCUGCACGUCUGCCUCGACCCGCUGCUCUUCUUCUACCUGGACGCCGCCUUCAGGGGGGUCAUCCGGGGACUGCUGCCCUGCAAACUGCAAAGCAGAGGAAAUGCAGCCGAGAACACGGACGCCGCAGGAGGAGCAGACGGAGAGGAGUCAGCUGUAGAUCCAGACGCUCUCCAUGUUUGCAGACGAUCUCCUUCUCUGCAUGAGACAGAAGAUGAUCCGAGGACGUCAUGAACAGGAGCUUUAUGCCAGAUUCUUCACCAUCAGUUCCAUGUUUGGGAAAAUCUGCAGGUGGUUCAGAAAAAGCUUUAGAAUCACAAAGAUCUGGCUGUCAUUAAUCAAACCACCACAAGAGGGCAGAGGAGAGUCAGCAGCUUCACUUCUCCUUCUUUACUGUUUUUGUAACUCUUCCUGUCCAUCAUCUGAGCGAACAGAUCAGAGCUGAAGGCUUCAUGAGAGACAGAUUUUAUUAUUACAACCAGAGUUAUGAAUAUUCUGAUGCAUGAGGUGUUUAUUUGUAUACACUCCUUUUGUAAUUCAGGUUAAACUUUAUUUAUAUUGAUGAUGUUUGUAUUAUUUUUGUUGGACCAGACGGAGAAGAAGAAGAAGAGAAAGGGACGUUCUGUUUUUUUGGCGGGAGGGGGCGGGGGGAGGGGGGUAUAGUCAUAAAGCAACAAGUAACAAGUUUAUCAUCAUUACUGUCUGAUAUAAAUGUUCGUCUAAAAGGGGCGGGGCCUGUCCAGACUCCAAAAUGUUACAAACCAACACAGUCCCACCUCCUCAUGCAUGGACGUCUGGUUCAGGCCCCUCCACCUCAGUUUUUGACGUGUUGGCUGUUACUAAUAAAUCACGGGCCAUGAACUGGUACCAGUCCGAGGGCUGCUUUGCACCGGGCCAUUCCUUCUGUCACACAUACUAUUAGGGCAAAGGUGAGCUGACACCUGUGCUCAGGUGAGAUGGUUGAUGAAAUGUAAAGACCACCACCGAAGCAGCAGCGGUAGUUGGGACCCCUCCAAACCCCCGUAGGGGGUGGCGGAUGGUGG